AUGGCUACUAAUAGCCGUAGAACAUAUGGGUUCCUUUUUUAUUGGCUUUAUCCUGCCCACAUGCCUCUUCUUCUGAAAGGCAUUACACAUUAUGCUGAUAUUCCAGAGGUAACAACUCCAUUAUUGAAAUUCAUGGCUGAACUAGUACUGAAUAAGACCCAGCGAUUGAAUUUUGAAUAUUCUUCGCCAAAUGGGAUACUUCUUUUCCGAGAAGUUAGUAAAUUGAUUGUUGCUUAUGGAUCAAGAAUUUUAACUCUUCCUAACAAAGCGGACAUGUACACGUCCAAAUACAAGGGGAUAUCAAUUUGUUUGCUAAUUCUUACUCGAGCAAUGUCUGGGAGCUUUGUCAACUUUGGAAUUUUUGAACUUUAUGGUGAUAGAGCGCUUGUUGAUGCUCUUGAUAUCACUGUUAAGAUGAUAUUAUCAAUUCCUUUGGCCGAUAUAUUUGCAUUUCGGAAGGUCGCAGCAGCUUACUUUGCAUUCUUGGAUUCUCUCUUCAGUAAUCAUUUAUCAUUUGUUUUGAGUUUGGAUAAAACUACCUUUAUGCAUGUUGUUGGAACUCUUGAAUCAGGCCUUAAAGAUUCAAGUGAGAAAAUAUCAUCACAGUCUGCCUAUGCUAUUGACAACUUGGCUACAUUUUAUUUCACCCAUGUUACUGUUGGAGAGUCAGUUAACUCACUUGCUGCUCAUAAUGUAGCUGGACUCACUUCUGAUUGUGCUGAACUUUUCUCUAGAAUAUUGAAAACUCUAUUUGAAGUUGUUAUAUUCGAGGACCGUGGGAAUCAGUGGACUCUUAGCCGUGCAAUUCUGAGCAUGAUGCUAAUCAGUGAAGAGAUGUUCACAAAUGUCAAGGCUCAAAUUUUGUCUUCCUAUCCACCAGACCAACACCAGCGGCUUUCUUUGUGCUUUGACAAGCUUAUGACAGAUGUGUCGCUUAGCUUGGAUGGAAAGAACAGGGAUAAAUUCACUCAGAACCUCACCCGAUUCAAUCCAUUGGCUCCAUACGAGAAAGUAAAGUAG